AGAAGUGUCCAAAUGCUGUGGAGAACCAGCUGACUUUCUGCCAGCAUCGUUUAGCGCCUCUAAUGGACAAAAAUACUCCGCGCGACUAAACGUUACCGAGUUAUGCUCUCGAGGUAGCCAGUUCUGAGACAACCUAUAAUACUUGAAGAGCAAGCUGUAGUUUCAUGUGUAUUGAGAAUGGAAUACCCCAUAGUCUUUCGUUAGUUGGUAGGCUGCGUGAGUAAAAGUAGCUGACUGUGAGAGGAGGCUACAAUGCGCAAGUGCUCGGCUGUAUUUUACAUUACUCUAGGUUUCGUAUCUCUCUGGACACCUGAAGCGUCAACAGGAUCCUGUAACUGUGGACGUGACUCUUUGAACUUAUUGAAAAAUAAAUGUAACAACACAGAAGGAGUCUAUGAUUUGACAUGCUAUGUAAAAUAUAAGAAAUCUCUUGUGUCCGUCUGUGAAUGGAAAGGAGACAUAUCAAUCUCAUACAUGCUGUACACACAACAGAGGAGAUGUAAUUGUGUAAAUGUACAUCAGAAGAAUGGAAUUUGGACUUCUGAUGACUUUCCUGUUUUCCCAAAAUAUAAUGUGACAGCUCACGUUAUUGCAAGCAGUGGAUAUGCACAGUGGUGCACCUACAAAAAUUUCAGAGAAAUUCCAUCCAAGAUUACAAUGUGUGGCCCUCAUUCAAAACUAACUUACAGAAGAAGCUCAGGCCAUCUGACUGUGCAGGUGGAGUGGGGAGAUGAAAGCAGAUAUAUUAAAAACUUCUUUGUAGAGUACAAAGAGUUCAACACUACAAUCUGGAAAGAGGUCAGUAAAAACAACUCAAAGGUUUAAGAGUAUAUAAGGCUCCAUUAUACAAUCUCCUUGUUUUUAUUCUGUAUAUGCACAUAUGUAAAAUAAGGUGAAACAUAAUCAUUAUUUGUUCAACUUUGUUAUUUAAAGGUGGGCAACAAAGUAAUUGUUUAAAUAAGGCACAGUAUUCACUCUAUGGAAUUUUAUUGAAUUCAUAACCAAAUAAUGCUAUGCGCUAUGCAUUGUGAUAUUUGUGAACAUAAUUAGCCUACUUGAAAUACAUUCUCAUAUUUUUUUAGAUUUCUCCAACCUGUCAGAUGAGUACAAAAGGGUAUCUUUGUUUCUUUCUAUUCCUAGUGUGUGUGUGUGUGUGUGUGUGUGUAUGUUUGUGUUCUUGUAUAUGGUUUAUGGGGACACAAAUAUCUAUAAUGACAUGGGUAUUACAAUGUAAACAUGGUUUAUGAGGACACUUCCUGUGUGGGCAUCUGUCUUGUCUGCUCGGCUGUAGUGGCCCUCUGCGCCACCCUGGUGGGCCUCUGUCUCAACCGCAAUGGGUGGUAGUUUUCUGCACCUCCCUGGUGGGCGUCAGUCCUGUCUGCUUGGUCUUUGUGGGCUCCAGUUUCCUCUGCGUCAUCCCAGUGGGCUCCAGUUCCACCUGUUCCACCCUGGAUUCCUGUCCUGUCGGCUCUGCCCUGGGCCCCUGAACUUUCCGUUUCCUCCUGGCCUCUUUGUUUUGUUGUUGUUGUUUUUUUUUUCACUUCCGGUCUCUGUUUCCCUCUAUGGACCUGGCCCUCUGUCCCUCCCAGGGGGCAAGGAACUCGACCGGAAGUUGAAGUCGGGUGCUGGCUGCCAUCUUUUAGCAGAACUUCACUUCCGUUAGCAUUCCCAUUGACUCCCAUUCAUUUUGGCGUCACUUUGACAGCGAAUAACUUUAACAUCUGAGGCGUUUAAAGACUCCGUUUGUCCAUUAUUUAUUUCUAAAGAUACACAACAAUGUAUAAAGGGCUCCAUUACCUUCUAUGUUACAUUAUGGCCCCGUAUAAACAGUUUUUUUAAAAAAUAGGCUAACGAUUGCGUCAUAACCACUCGUCUCUCUGUCGCAUUACCGUACAGACAGGAGGAGAAGCUCGCAGGCAAUUAACUUAAUAUGGCGUACUGGCGUUACAUUUUAAAAAAAAUACUAUACAAAAUAAUUAAUCAGAAUACUUACUCCUGCUCACUCACGACAAAGAACUCCCGCUCAAGCUCGCCGUCUCUGCAAGAUUAACGAUGGCAGUUUGCACGCACAGCCACUUAGAAGAUUUACAUCUGUCAGACAGGUUGCUGACGUCGUCAAGCUUCGUUUGAGUCUGCGCGUCAGAAACGGAAGUGCUAAAAAACGCUAAAAAUGGGCUUCACUUGUCUCAACUGAGUUCCAAUGGGGUCGCUGUGUCCAUUACUUUUACUGUCUAUGGUCCCUCCCCCUGGUCCUCCGCCGGUCCACCUCCCUCCUGGUC